UUAGCUGGCCCACAGCGAAACUAUAGCCAAUAGAGAAACAAUUAAAUUAGUAUAUCGACUCAACAAUUAUGCAUUAGACUGUCACGCAUAUCGAACAAAUUUCGCACGAAAAUGACGAAUUUAUGGAGCACCUGUGUGCACAAAUUUUUCAAAUACGCCCCCAGCUAUGUGGUUUGCCUCUGCUUCCUGCCCUGCGGUCUGAUCUUUGGCUACACGCUCUGCUCCUUUGUGGCCGAUCGGAAUCUGAGCGUCGACCUCAUUGACUAUGGCCCCCUGAUACUGGGCGCCUCUCUGGCUCUGCUCUGCGCCGCCGGCAUCCUGGUCAUCAAGUAUAUCAAGCACUGCAUCGUCUACUGGCACCCCUUCAUCCUCAUGGUCGCAGGCGUCUUCCAUCUAAUCUCCAGCUGCUUUUACUUUGCUGAUGGCCUUGAUCAUGUGGGCGCCUAUAUGUCGUAUGUGUCGCACAGUUUGACCUUUGUGGCCGGGUAUGGAUUUUUGCACACAAUCAGCUCGAAGAACAGCCGCGCCUUGAUGAUAUCUGGCUGCUGCAGCUGCUAUCUGCUGGGCAUUGCCUCGGCGGUGAGUUUGAUUGGCGCCAAGUAUGUGGAGAAUCUGGAGCAUUAUAAGGGCCAAGCGGCGACCCCGGAGCAGCUAGCCGAUGGCAUCUAUGUGAACUUUGCGGCCACCUAUCUGUCCAUAUCGAUUGUCAUGCUGGCCAUACUCAUUGGGCUGAAGGUGCUGCACGUGCUGGGCACGGUGGACAUGACCAACAGUCUGGACAACGAUUUGCGAAUCGCCAAUGCGAAUGGCAGCAUCUUUGAGGCACGGUCGGAUGUGAUCAAGCGGCUGCAGUUCUUCUACGUGACCAAGAAUCAGCAGUGGCACGUGACGCUGCUGCUGCUCUUUGUGGAGGCCAUCCAGUAUGCACUCUUCAUAUUUUUGGUCUUCUGGUUUGCCCUGAACGAUGCGAUGCGUCUGAAUGAUUUGGCCCACAUCGAUGCCAUGUUCUGGGUCAUCUUUGCUGGCAGCGUUUUGGCCAUCAUCUGUCUGUGCUUCUACUCCGCCAAGGUGCACUUUGUGACGACACAGCUGCUGCUGCUGGUGCUUACAAUGCUGGCCAUGAUUAUCUAUGGGGCGACCGGCUCGAAGGUGACCUUCUGGCUACUCCUGGUGCUCUUUGGCCUGGGCUACUCGAGUCUCCAAAUUGUGCUGCUGGAAGUGACGCACCUACGCUUCACCGAAUGCAUCAUCUUUGCAUCCUACACACUUAAGCUGGUCAGCACCAGCGUCGUCUACUACUAUUUCGUGGCCAAUGUGGAGAACUCCUAUUUCUAUACCAAGGACGAGAGCACCUUAAUUGCUCAGGGCUUUGUCUUCAUGAUAAUCACAUCUCUGCUGGCGCUGGUCGUCGGCAUGAAGGUGCCGCGCACCCAUCGCUCCAAGCUGCUGGACAUACAGCACGAGGUCUAUGGCAUUAUCUUUAUGAAGCAUCAGAUCGAGCAGCUCAAUGUGCGCUGGCUAAACGAUGGCACGAUCCCAACCAUCAGCCAAUGAUGCAGUUUCUUUCAUUUCUAUUCUUGUUGUUGUUGUUGUUUAUGUUACUAUUGUUUAAUUACUAAUUAGUUUAAACGCUUAAUGCACACGAUUUGUACGGCCGCUGUGGUAUCCCG